CAAACCGAGCAAUUCUUGCAAACAAGAAGACGAGGUGAACUUCGCGACAAAGUGACGCUCUGCUCCGGCGUGUACAGGUCGUGUCGUGCUCUUGUUGAUCCAUCCACCAGCGACAUCUAUUUCUCCAGACACGUGCAAUUGUUCUCUCGUAACUCCUGUCGUCUAUAGACUUCUGGUUGUCUAGAUACAUACUUCUAAACUUCAGGUACCAGUUCAAACAAUCCAAGCGCCAUGCUGUCGGCCCGCCCCAUGCCCGCUGACGUGGAGAUUCGCGACGUAUGGGAAAGCAACCUGGAGGAAACUAUGAAGACGAUUCGCGAGGUGGUGACGAAGGGCUGCUACGUGGCCAUGGACACCGAGUAUCCAGGUGUAGUGGCACGUCCUAUCGGCUCCUUCACGACCUCCUCGGACUACCAAUACCAGACGCUACGCUGCAAUGUGGACUUGCUACGCAUCAUUCAACUGGGUGUGGCUUUCUUCAACGAGGACGGCUCGUACAUGGAGGAUCUUCCUGUAUGGCAGUUCAACUUCAAGUUCAGUCUCAGCGAGGACAUGUACGCACAGGACUCGAUCGAGAUCCUCAAGCAGGCAGGUAUCGACUUUGCCAAGCACGAAGAACAGGGUAUUGAAGUGGCCAGGUUCGGAGAGCUCUUAGUGCCCUCAGGUCUCGUGCUGGGCGAUCACGUCAAGUGGGUUUCGUUCCACGGUUCAUCGGACUUUGGUUACCUGCUCAAGGUGCUGACUUGCGCCCCGCUACCCGCUGAAGAAGAAACGUUCUUCGACUUGUUGAACACGUACUUCCCCGCUACGUACGAUCUGAAACACGUGGGUAUGGACUUCGACAAGGUGGGAGGACUCAGUCGCUUGGCCGAGGACCUCAAGGUGGAGAGAAUAGGCACAAUGCACCAGGCUGGCUCCGACGCACUGCUCACAGCCGCCACGUUCUUCAAGAUGGUUGAGGUCUUCUUCGAAGGCAACGUCGAGAAUGCAGCCAAGUACUCCGGGCAGCUCUAUGGUCUGGGUAACAGUAUCGCGAACUUGGGUCAAUAGACUCCAAACACUGAGUGGAGCAACAAUAACACCACACACUAACACCACUAGACGCUGUGCAUUAGCUAUAGUCUCUGUCUUGAUGCCUACGUAGCAUAUCAGCCUAAUGCUGCUGGAUGAAGCGCACCACGUCGUGAAUGUCGGCGUCCUUGACGCUGCACUUGACGAACGAGAUCUCGCACGGCGAGUCCACAUCAAACUCGAACGAAGCUCCGUCCCGUCCGACAGGCACUUGAGAUAAAUCCUGUUCGUCGUCGUCUCCCUCCGUCUCCAAUGACGAGCGUGUGGUCUUCAGCUGCGUCAAUUCCUUCUCCAGCGCGUCACGCACAGCCUGCGGACUGGCAGCUCCAGAAGCCUCACUCUUGUUGCACACCACCAUAAUCGGGGGCGUCUGGUCGUUCACCUUCUUGUUUGCAAAGAUAUCGUACAGGAACCUGCACAACAAUCCAAGUAUUAGUUCAUCUAUCCAUCUAUUGCAGCUG